UUCGUUCCUUCCGUCUACCGUCCUCUUCUUCCUUUUGCAGGGAAAUCAAAAAAGCUUCAUUCUUUUUCGUUUCUCUCCUUCUUUCUUCUCUGCCCAUUUCGAUUCCAUUUCGAUUUCAUCGUUUUUUCCCUUUAAAACAUCAUUAUUCCAAUACCCAUAAUCGAAUUCUACAAUUUUGAAGUCCCCCAAAUUCUCCAAUUUCCCCCCCUUUUGCAUUUAAUCUUGAAGACGACGAUGAGUUUCGCUAAUAGAGAAGAUGGGGUUGGGAAAUCGUUGUAAGCGGAGGGCAGUGGGUAGGUGGAGAAGUAUAGAGGCGAAACAGAAGGUUAUUUGGGGGUGGAAAUGGACUGCCGGAUAUGCGUUGCGAGUGGGGAUUUAUGGGUCAAGGUAGGCGGCCGUGUUGGAGGUGGAAUUGGGGGUGUUGUGGGUCAGAUGGGAGGUUUUAGCCAUGAGAGCGAGCAUGAUUUGGCUCUGAUGGUUAGCGAUUUCUUGGAAAAUGGUAGCGGUGGGGCUGAGUCUUGGUGUAGUAGCGAUAGCGAUUCUGGUGUCUCCGAUCUUGCUCAUCUUGCUGAAAAGAUUGUGUUCUAUAAGAACCCAGUAUCCCAGUAUGAAAGUGAUUUGCUUUCGGUGGUUCAUUCGCUUACUUUGUCAAUGAAUGAGAAGGAUCUGAACAUGAACAAAACCGGUCCUUGCAAUGCUAGUUGUAUCCGGUUUGUUUUGGUAAAGCUACUGCGACUCUCUGGUUAUGAUGCUGCUGUAUGUACAACCAGAUGGCAGGGUGCUGGCAAGGUCCCUGGAGGAGAUCAUGAGUAUAUCGAUGUCAUUAAGUACACCUCUGGAAGCUCAGAGAGGUUGAUUAUUGAUAUCGACUUCCGAAGCCACUUUGAAAUAGCCAGGGCAGUUGAAUUCUAUGAUAGAAUAUUGAAUUCGCUUCCCGUAAUCUACGUUGGAUCCUUAUCCCGGCUCAAGUAUUUCCUUCAAAUUAUGGUCGAAGCUGCGAAGUCUUCACUCAAGCUAAACUCCAUGCCACUUCCUCCAUGGAGAUCCCUUGCAUACUUGCAAGCCAAAUGGCAGUCACCAUGCCAGAGAAUGCUUCAUCCAGAAGAACAGCAGCAGUUGGGGAGCAGAGACAUCGUGAGCCACAAGCAGUGCCUUGGACACUUGAAGAGACUUCAGUCGGUACUCCAAUCAGAGAUCGAAGCAGAUCGGUUUUUGAGGCCGGUGAACGGUGAUAACAUCAGGAAAAUAAAGACAAAGACGGAGAGGCGGCGACACUCGUUGUUGAGAGCCAUUUGAUGGGAAGAUGUACAGAUGAAACGGGGAAAAUUUUGAGGAGACGAGGAAUUGUGUAGCGCGGCUUUUGUUGUUUUUGGUUGGUUGGGUAUUAGUAUAUAUGAAAAUAAAAAGUAUGAACCUGAAGAUAGUGAGUAUUCUGAGGUUCAUGCAGCUGCAAAAAUGUACAAAUAAAAAGGGGGGUUCUCCUGUAACGCUCCAUUUUGAUGCACCGGCAGAGGGAAAGAAAAAGGAGGAUUGGAUGAAUUCUGGGAAUACAAUUAUAACUACAAACAACCAACAAACAGAGAAACACUGCUUGGUUCUUUUAUUUUGGGAUGCUUCCUUUUUAUAUAUUUAUUCAUACAAAUAGAGAAUUAGGAAGGAAAGAUAACUUCAUUUUUCUCUCCAGUAUUCCAUGCCUGUUAUUUUUGUGGGCAUUGGGAACUUUCUUCAUUUUUAUAUCUCAUAUAUAUGUGUAUUUUAAUUAAUUAUUUUUUAUUUAUUGAUUACUUUCUCAAAUGAAGCUGAGCCCAUUCUCUUGAA